UCCCUACAAAUUUCAGGCCUGUACUCAGGGACUCGGAUAUAUGCUAUCGGGAGUGGAGUCCAGCUUAUAUGUAUGCGAGGCGAACGACCAGCUGUAUGCAAAGAUUUGCCCCACGAUUAUCAUUCAAUGGUUGCAUUCAGUCAACGCUGCCCUGAUUGUCAGCGUGACGAAGUCGGAUUAUGGAUAUCCUGUUUCGUCGGGAUAUAUCUCAGUGCUUUCAAACGUCUCCUGUAAGCCGAAUUGCACUUUUAGCACGCGAGGCGUUCAAAAUUUGUAUCUGCUUGAAGAUGCCUAUAAAAUGGCACAGGCAGCCUUAUUGGACCAUCUCCAUCCUCUCUUUUCAAAUCGCAUUUUCAAACGUUGCAUGCCUUGCUCUUGCCUUUGUUGUUGGGUGGUAUAACUUCGGUCGAAGGAACUCCAACAUUGACAACAUACCCGGACCUGCACCCCAAUCGUGGUCUGCCGGCAACUUUCCGCAACUUAUGGACCAAUACGAAGGCUGGGGAUGGAAUGACUUUCUUGCGAAGAAGUAUGGAAGUACCCUUCGCUUACAUGGACCAUUUGGGUCCAAGAUCCUUUAUACGUUCGAUCCCAAAGCAAUGCAUACGAUUCUUGUGAAGGACUCUCACGUAUUUGAGGAAACUGCUGGGUUCAUCGAGUUCAAUCGCAACGUCUUUGGAAAAGGUCUAUUGGGAACCGUGGGGGACUAUCACCGCAAACAGCGCAAAAUGCUCAAUCCGGUCUUCUCUGCCGCACAUAUGCGAGAAAUGGUUCCAAUAUUCUUCGAUGUAUCCCAUAGACUCAAGGAUGCUCUUAUGAAGCAGCUGGAAAGUAAUUCGAAACUGCAGGCUGAGCAAGAGAUCGAUAUUUUAUCGUGGCUUGGUCGUACUGCAUUCGAGCUGAUAGGUCAAGCUGGUCUCGGAUAUUCCUUUGAUCCUAUGAAUGACGAAGAGUCUGCGCAUCCGUUCAGUGGGGAAAUGAAAUCGUUAUUUCCUCUCCUCACCCCCAUGAUGUUCUGGUUCACUUACGUCCUUCCCCUGGUUUCAAACAUCGGUCCUCCGAGCUUCCGGCGCUAUGUCAUAAAUAUUUUACCUUGGAAGAACCUACACCAGAUGCGCGACAUAGCAGAUUAUAUGUACAAGGUAGCUACAGAUAUCUUCGAGGAAAAGAAACGCGCAUUGGAAGCAGGAGAUGAAGCUAUCAAAAACCAGAUUGGCAAAGGCAAGGACGUGAUUAGUGUUUUGAUGAAGGAAAAUAUGAAAGCCUCUAAAGAAGAUCGACUGGAUGAAGACGAGGUGAUUUCUCAGAUGACUAGUUUAUUGUUCGCAGCUACGGACACAACCUCGAGUGCCUUGUCUCGGCUGGUUUCUCUUCUUUCCAAGCACCCGGAUAUCCAAGAGAAACUCCGUCAAGAAGUUACCGAGGCUCGACGGAACAAUAAUGGCGAAGAUUUGUCCUACCAUGAAGUGAAUUCUCUUCCGUAUCUUGAUGCAGUCUGCAGGGAAUCUCUACGACUAUACGCUCCGGUCACUUCUAUGUCGCGAUACACCCUUCAAGAUGCAGUCGUGCCUCUGUCAAAACCAAUUAUAGGUGUUGACGGGACUGAGAUACGAGAAAUAUCAGUUCCUCGGGGCACCCAAGUGGUUAUAUCAAUGUACAACGCGAACAGGAAUGAAGAACUGUGGGGUCCUGAUGCAAAUGAGUGGAAACCCGAGCGCUGGCUCUCCCCUCUGCCUGAAGCUGUUAUUCAAGCGCAUGUUCCCGGUAUCUACUCUCAUUUAAUGACAUUCAGCGCCGGUUCACGCUCUUGCAUUGGCUUCAAAUUUUCUCAACUAGAAAUGAAGGUGGUUCUGGUGGUUCUUCUCGAGUACUUCAAAUUCUUCCCCUCGGCAAAGGAAUUGGAAAUCCGAUGGCAAAUGAAUAGUGUAGCGGCACCGGUCGUUGGAAAGGACGCUAAUAUUCAUCCUUCCUUGCCCAUGAAUCUGAGUCUGGUCGAUCAUUAGGUAUGGAUGAAGUAGAAAAUGAGACAAGUGAUAGAUCAUGAUUGGCAU